UGACACAUACAGACCGCAUGACAUGAUGAUUAUAUUGGUAAACACCAUAGAACUUCCCGUUAGUUUAUUACCAUGAAUUACCCUAAGUUAAUUUUACAAAAUAUCCCCAAACCCAAUCGGCUAAACCCUAAUAGACACACGCCACUUCUCCGUGCUCUCUUAUCGCUCACACACAAACUGCUCUCUUUCACUCACCGUCUCUGUCUCACUCAGUCACAGUCCUCUGCUCCUGUCUGCCGUCGCUGUCCAGCAACCGCCGUUUCCAUCUCGUCGUCCGUCGAGGCCUCACGCCGUCCAGAAGCCGCGUCUCUCAGCGUCGUCGUCUCAGCGCCGUCGAUCUCAGCAGCCGCAUCAUCCUUAGUGCUGUGGUUCUCCAUCAUUUUCAGUUGUGCUCCAUCGUUCUCAAUCUCUCAGCCUCAGCCCUCAGCAGUUGUUAGAAGAAGAAAUAAUGAACAAAUUGAAAGAUAUCAAGUUGACUUAGUGGAACAGCAUUCAGGCCUAUAG